AUGGUGCAAAAAGAAGCAGUAAAACAAACACAACAAAAAGGUGGUAAAAAGAGCAGUGGUGGUACUUCAGACUCAAAUAACAAUAACAACUUUAACAAAACUUUAAAUACAUCAGAGAUAAAUGGUAGCAGUAACGACCACAGAGAAGAAAUUAGAAAGAUCAAAGAAGUUUUCCAAAGUUGGUCUGAAGAGGAUAUUGUAAGUGCCUUACAACAAACCAGUUUCAGUGUUGAAACUACUAUUCUUUAUAUUAUGGAAGGUGUAGUCAAACAAGAACAUGGUCAAUGGACUGAGGUUAAAAAUAAAAAUAGCAAAGAAUCAAAAAAUAAAAUUAAAGAUAAUGAAAAUAGAAACAAUAUAAAGAAAGAAGAUAAACCAAGAGAUAAAAUUAAAAAGGAUAAAGAUGGCGAUAAAGAUCAAUCACAACAACGUAAUAAUAAAAAUAAUAGCAGUUAUAAAAAUAAAGCAAAUGGAAGUUCAUCACCACAAUUACAUAAACAAGGUUCAUUAAAGAGAAAUACUUCACCAAAACCAGUCGAAGAAAAUACAAACAACGAUGGCAGUGUUCAUGUAUUUUCCUUCCCUGAUACUACUUUUACACCAAUCAUGACAGAACCAACACCAGCAACUACAACCACUACCACUACAACUAAUACACCAUCAACUAAUACAUCAUCAACUACCACUCCUGCCACAGGCACCACUACUGCAGCUCACCCAAAUAUUACUGUUGGUAAAACUAUGGUAGAAAUUUUAAAAGAAAAAGAAAAUCAACGUAAAGUACAAGAACAACAAAAAGCUCAACAAUCAAAUAAUGCAACCACUGCUGCAACUGCUGCUCCAUCAAAUACUACACAACCACAACAAUCACAACAACCAACCGCUGCCACAAAUUCUACCACCACUACCACCCCAACACCAUCAACCCAACCAACUACUGCUGCCCCAUCAACUUCACCAUCAACUGCCACUUCUACUGUUAAUACCACAUCACCAAAUAAUACCACUGCCACUACCACCACCGCUGCCUCUUCUCCAUCAUCAUCAACUCCACAAUCCUAUUUAGAAGCCAUCACCGCUGCCAGUAAACCAGCUCCAAAACCAGCUGCUGCUCAACCAUCAACCCAAUCCACUGCUACCACAACCCCAGCUGCUGCUCCAUCUACUCAAACCACUACUCAAGCUCCAUCAACCACCACUCCAACCCCAACCACUACUCCAGUUGUUACCACUGAAACUCCAUCAGUCCCACCAACUGCUACCCCAGCUGCUACUACCACCCCAGCUCCAGCUGUUGCUGCUGCUGCUCAACCAUCUGCUGCACCAACACCAGUCGCUGCUACUCAACCAACUCAACCAGUUGUCCCAGUCUCAGCUGCCCCAGUCAGCACUACAACUGCUGCUACUGCUGUUUCACAACCAACCCAACCAGCUGCUACUGCCCAAGCACCAGCUCAACAACCACAACAACAAAGACCAACUUUCGGUUCAAAACCAGGCACAACCCAUUCAUGGAAACCAAAAGAACAACAACAACAACAAUCAAUUUCACCAGUUCGUCAACCAUAUAAAACUAAUAAAAUGAUUGAUACCCCAGUCGCAUUACCAGACUCAUUCAACUUUGAUCCAAGCUCAGAAGUUCAAUUUGGUAAGAGCACUACCACCGAAACUGUUGUCAUUGAAACUGUUCAACAAAUUCCACAACCAGUUCAACCACAACCAACUAUCCAACCACAACAACCACAACAACAACCACAACAACAAUCACAACAACAACCACCAGUUAUUCAAACAAAACAACACGCCCCACAACAACAACAUCAACAACAACAACCACAACAACAACAAGUACAACAACACCACCAACAACAACAUCAAAAUGCCAAUAUGUCACACUACCAAGGUUUCCCAAUGAUGGGUCAAAUUGGAGGUAUGCCAUCAAUGAAUCCAAUGGGUCAAAUGGACAACCACAUGAUCCCACCAGAAAACGAUAUGCAUCUCUAUGGUUAUUUACAACCACCAUAUAUGCACCCAAAUAACUUCUUUGACCAAGAAACCGAUUUCAGAGUCAGAGCACAAUUUGGUUACGAUUAUCAAAACUACAACAAUGCUAGAACCACUUCACCAGUCAACGAAAAUACUCAAAAUAAACAAUUUAGAAACAGUGGUAACUCAAAUCCAGCUUACAGAGGCCAACAAGAAGGUAAAUUCCAAGAUACUGCCAGCCAAGCCUCAUCAGGUCAAGCUCCAUCACAAUCACCACCACUUCCACAAGCCCCAUUUGUUCAAGCUCCAUACCCAUAUUACUCUGCCUAUCCACAAUAUUUCCAACAUCAAGGUUAUCCAUAUUACCCAAAACCAUACCAUCAUAUGAACGUUGGUCGUGGUUACCCACACCCACAACAAGGUGGUUACACUGAAGAACAAGAUUUCAAUAAAGUCAAUAUGUAUGGCUAUCCAUAUGGUUUCCAAGAUCCAAAUCAACAAAAACCAAUGAACCCACAAGGCAGUCCACAAUUACAAUCACCAACCAACCAAAAACCAGCUUUUACUCCAAAUCAUCACCAACAACAACCAACCACACAACAACAACAACAACCAAACCAACAACCAAAUCCACAACAACAACAACCAACUCAAGAUCUUUCAAACUCAUACAAAUAUUCACAAUACUAUGGUUCCCAAAAUUUCAUGCAACCAACCCAUUUUCAACAAUUUCAACAAAACCCCCAACACCAACCAAGAAACAAUUUUUAA